AUGGUUAUGCAUGUGUGCCUGUGUAUACAUACAACUGUGUUGCUGCUUUUCCUUAACAUUUACUUUAGGUACUGCAACAGGGAUUUUGAUGAUGAAAAAAUUCUUAUACAGCAUCAGAAAGCAAAACACUUCAAAUGUCAUAUAUGUCACAAGAAAUUGUACACGGGACCUGGUUUGGCAAUUCAUUGUAUGCAGGUGCACAAAGAAACAAUAGAUGCAGUACCAAAUGCAAUCCCUGGAAGGACGGACAUUGAAUUGGAGAUCUAUGGUAUGGAAGGUAUUCCAGAAAAAGAUAUGGAAGAGAAGAGACGGAUACUUGAACAGAAGACCCAAGCUGACAUUUUACGAAAGAGGAACCAGGAUGAUUCUGACGAGUACGAUGAUGAUGAUUCAGUCCCAGGGCCUUCCUUUCCACAAAAAGGAAUGCAGAACCAGCAGGGUUAUGGUCCACCAGGGACGCAACAAGGCAUGCCUCCUGUGCCAGGCCCACCAGGAAUGCCACCUAUGAUGCCCGGUGUUCCACCUAUGAUGCCUGGAAUCCCACCGGUGAUGCCUGGCAUGCCUCCUGGGAUGAUGCCAAUGGGAGGGAUGAUUCCUCCUGGACCAGGAAUGCCACAUAUGAUGCAUGGAAUGCUGCCAGGUAUGCCUCCACCUGGACCUCGUCCAGCUGUGCCACCCAUGACCCAGGCACAGCCUGUAACAGCUCCUGGAUUAAUCAAUCGGCCUCCAGGUCUUGUAGCAGCAACAUCUAGUUCACAGCCUCCUGUUACUAAACCUCUGUUUCCCAGUGCAGGACAGAUGGCUUCUGUCACAAGUUCGAGUACAGCAGCAUCAAAUCCUGAAAGUAUGACCGCAUCCACUAAAGCUCUCUUUCCUAGUGCAGCGCAGGCACAAUCUGCUGUUUCUGGGCCAGUUGGCACAGAUUUCAAACCUUUGAACAGUACACCCACAGCAUCCACGGAAUCUUUAAAACCCACAUUCCCAGCUUAUAUCCAGUCUACUGUUUCAACUACAAGCACAACAAACAGCGUAGUUCCAAAGUCUGUCAUUCCUGUCACGAGUAAGCCUGGCACCCUUAGUAUAGCUAGUGCAACUAGUAAGUUGAUCCAUCCCGAUGAGGAUAUAUCACUGGAGGAAAGACGGUCUCAAAUGACAAAGUACCAACGUAACAUACCUCGACAAGGACAUCCGUCUUUGGGUGCUCUCCCUGGUACAACUGUUGGGGGUAUGAUGCCACCACAGCAAGGAAUGCCCCCUCAGCAGCCGGGGAUGAGACCUGCUAUACCUCCACAUGGUCAGUUUGGUGGUCCUCCACAGGGCAUGCCUGGCUUUCAUCCAGGACCCAUGCCUCCAUAUGGCCAAGGACCUCCAAUGGUACCGCCCUACCAGACUGGACCUCCUCGACCACCAAUGGGAAUGAGACCUCCAGUGAUGUCACAAGGUGGCCGGUACUAAAGCUGCUUCACCACCAUUUCUAAUAGGUUUGGAGAUUAAACCUUUUCUCAUCUUGUGCUGUUUUAUAUAGCCAAGCGUCAGUGAAUUAAGACACUAUGGUGACUUGAGGAAAAAAAUAAACUUCGUUAAACCUCUUCCUGCUUGUCAGAGACCAUGAAACUCAUGGUUUUGAAAAACUUUUUAUUUGGAAAAUAUUGUACAGGAGCUUUACGCUGUGAUGCAAUUUAUACUGUAUGGCUUUUUUUUCCCAUGUUUCAUCUAGGUUUUUAGAAGUGAAGUAUAGUAUUAUGGUUCGUAAAAUUGUGAAGGCGCUGGAAUUUCAUGAACAUACCAUCUUAAAGGCAAGUUCUGUUAAAAAGUUGCUGUUUGUGUAGAUGCCCUCACAGCACUUUAGGUGCUGUUGGACUUUGUCCCCAACAUUGUUUGGUGAGGGCUGCAACUGUUUUUCAGCUACCUGUGUAUUAUGCCUGACUGUGUAACCAUAUUUAGUGUAUUUCUAGAUUUCAUCCUGCUUUGCAGGGUAUAACAGUUUGACCUGGUAAAGGUCGCAGUUUAUUUCUGUAUUAUAAAAUUUCAUUGUAAUAAAUUAUGAUCAAAUCAUUAAUGUAUAAUUGUCCAGCUGUGGAUCACUGCUUCCGAGGUCUGUACAAUGCAUGAAUUGUAAUAGGCUAAUAAACGUAGGGGAUGGGCUUUGCAUUUUGUGACAGUUGAUAUUGAUUAUACGAUCAUUUUGUUUGCCUGAUGUGAUUUUUAUGUCUGAAGAUGUUAGUGAUGCACACUAGUACAUUUAACCAUAUAUUACAAAUUUGUUAGUAGUAGUAACCUAUUUCUUAAUCAUUGGUAAGUGCCAUGUAGGAUGAAGGUGAGGUUACGAGUGAGGAAAUGAUGAGUCAGAGGUUAAUAACACUGUCAUCCAGAGUUUCUUCUAUAGGAGGAAUUAUUCCACUUCUCUGAAUACUUUGGGACUAGAGGCCUCUUGAUAUUGAUACACACUUAAUGGCUGACCUGCUAGCUUUUUUUUGUGUCUGACUCAUUCUGUGCCUUUAUUGCUGUGCUGCUAAACAAAAUAUCACUGUCUAAUAUAACCUACUUAGUUAAAUGAGAGGAGCAGGAAUAGUCCCCUUCUAACAGAAUGGCCGUUAAAUGCAUGCAAAGUUUAUUUUUGUGCUAAUUUUUCAAGUGCAGGUUAUGGUAGCAUUCCAUUGUCUGCAGGCACAACAUAAAUAUUGUCUGUUGCUCAUCAAGUGAGCAUAACUGGCAGAUCGUCAUUUUGCAUGGUGUUACUAUUCACUCAUAACGGGAAGUAUUGCAGAUGCUUGUGCUGUCAUUCAUUGGCAUGGUCACAUGUUGUGUAUAUUUAGUAGAGAUUGAGGUGGGAAAGCACAGGGUCAACCAAAUUAAGAAAUCUUAAUAUAUUUUAGUUUUUUAGGCUUAGCUCAUUUGCUACUUCUUUCAUGUGUUUUUUACUGAAAGCUGUCCCUUAGUAUGUACCAUGCCGAUCUAUUGUUGUUUUGCCCUUUAGCACACUGAGUUUGAGUCUGAAGUCUUUUAACUGAUGACCACUUGACACAGUGCCAUUUUAAGCUGGGUAGCCCUUAUGUAAUGUAAACACUUCAUUGAUGUUUUAAUGUCAUCAGCUAGCACAAAUGUGUAUCAGUAAAUUUGUAUGGUUAGGUUUUCUGUAUUUCUGUAUUGUUAAAGUUUCAUUGUAAUAAACUUGUUUAUUUGA